AUGGAUGACAAAAAAAAUCAACACAAGCCUGUUAAGUUAGUUGAUUCUUUUAAGAAUUUGAUUGGAUUGGAAAAUGAUGUUUUUUGGGAAAAAGGAGAUUUCAAAUGUGCUGAAUCUUCUGAUUCUGAUCCUUUGAUUGAUAGUUCUAGUUCUUCUGAUGAUUCAGAUAUAGUGGAAUCAGAAUGGUUUGCUAAUGAUGGGCCAAUUGAUGCUAAGCCCAAAUAUGAUUUUGAAGUUAAGCUCAUUACUCAGCCCAAAUUUGAUUUUGAGGUUAAGCCCACUACCUCAGUUGGGCCCAAUGAUUUGGAAGCUAAGCCCAUUGAGUUAGUUGGGCCCAAGUAUGAUUUUGAAGCAAAGCCCAUCAAGUCACUUGAGCCCAAGUGUGAUUUUACAAGGCAAAAUGAAGAAAAUAAGCCUGUGUGGACAUCUAAUAUUAUGUUAAAAACUUACAAGGGUGCUGGACUACUCAACUUAGGGAACACAUGCUUUCUGAAUGCGGUAUUGCAAUGUUUCAUGCACACGGUGCCAUUAUUUGACAUCCUUCUUCAUACUCAUGUAGUGCCAUGUGAUCGUUUCUGUUUAAUCUGCGUUUUCAAAGAGCUUAUUAGCUUUUCAUUGGCUUAUGAGGCUUAUGAGGGUCGUUCUAUCUCACCGUGGAGAUUUGUUGAGAAUUUGAGUUGUAUGCUUGCUCAUUUUGUGGUCCUUAAUGUUGUGAAAAUAUCAUAUUUUUCGUCUGGUUUCCAUAAGUAUCAGCAAGAAGAUGCUCACGAAUUCUUGCAAUACUUUCUCAAUAGGCUUGAAAGCCGAUGCAGUGACGUUGUCCAACAAGUUUUUGGCGGCCGGCUUGUCAGCAAGCUUCGCUGUUGCAACUGCGGCCACUUCUCCAACACUUACGAGCCUCUCAUAAACGUGAGUCUGGAGAUCAAAAAUGCCAACAGAUUGUAUUCAGCGUUGGAGUCUUUCACUCGAGUUGAGAAGCUUGACGAUCCAGAGAUCAA